CAACAAAUAACUUGCUCUCACUUCCCUCUCUGGGAUUUAAGUGAGUUCUAAAACUAUCAAAAAAAAAAAAAAAAAAAAACAUGGAUGGAGGUGGCCAAGCUUCUAGGCUUGCCAGCACUUUUGUUUCUCUUGGUCCUUUGUUUUCAGCUGAUAAGAAAGUUUGUGAAACUGGGAAAGAAGCCAAAUCUUCAUCUUCCCCCUGGAAGCUUAGGAUGGCCGAUAGUCGGAGAAACCUUUGAGUUUAUGCGCGAAUCUAAGAAGGGAAACAUGUCAAGGUUCACACUAGAGAGAAUGGACAAAUAUGACUCCAGAGUGUUCAAGACUUCAUUUCUUGGAGAUCCAAUGGCUGUGUUUUGCGGCAUGGCCGGGAACAAGUUCUUGUUCAGCAAUGAGAACAAACAAGUCCAAUUAUGGUGGCCCUCUUCAAUAAGGAAGCUGUUAAGGACAUCUCUGGUUACUAAGAUUGGUGAAGAUGCAAAGUUGACUAGAAAGUUGCUAUUGAGCUUUCUUAGUGCAGAAGCACUCAGGAAUUUCGUGCCCAAAAUGGAUAGCAUUGCUCGGAGCCAUUUAAACACACAUUGGAAAGGAAAGGAGCAGGUGAUUGUGUAUUCCACAACACAGCUAUACACAUAUUCAUUGGCUUGUUGCCUAUUUUUGAGCAUUGAAGACCCUGCCCAUGUAUCAAAGUUUUCAUCCAAGUUUGAAGGGCUUGUGAAAGGCAUGCUUGGCUUCCCCGUCAACUUGCCCGGAACAAAAUUCCAUCAAGCCGUGAAAGCCGCAGACGAAAUAAGGAAAGAGAUUAAAAUGCUUGUAAGGCAAAGGAAAGUGGAUUUGGAAGAGAAGGCGUCUGCAUCACCUAGCCAAGACCUUUUGUCACAUUUGCUUGUCACACCUGAUGCCAGUGGAAGAUUCAUGCCCCAAGAGGAGAUCAUUGACAUCAUGCUACAGCUGCUUUUUGCUGGCCACGACACUUCUCGGUCGGCCUUAUCGUCUAUCAUGAAGUAUCUUGGCGAAAUGCCUCAAGUUUAUGAACAGGUUUUGGAAGAACAACUCGACAUAAGCCGAGGGAAAGGGACAGGGGAGUUGUUGCAAUGGGAUGAUGUUCAGAAAAUGAAGUAUUCUUGGAAUGUUGCAUCUGAAGUCAUGAGGCUAUCACCACCUGUUGCUGGUGCUUACAGAGAAGCAACAGGGGAUUUUACCUUUGCUGGCUAUACCAUUCCUAAGGGCUGGAAGUUGAACUGGACCACUUUCUCGACACACAUGGAUCCGGCACACUUUCCGAAUCCCAAAGUUUUUGAUGCAUCGAGGUUUGAAGGGGAAGGUCCUGCACCCUAUUCAUAUGUUCCAUUUGGAGGAGGGCCUCGAAUGUGUUUGGGACUAGAGUUUGCAAGGCUAGAGAUACUUGUGUUCAUGCAUCACAUUGUGAAACACUUCAAGUGGGAUUUGGUGAAUCCAAAUGAGAAGUUUAAGUAUGAUCCCUUGCUUGAGCCAGAAAAUGGACUUCCAAUUCGGCUUCACCCUCGCCCUGUCAUUAUGGAGGUGGUCAAAUUUCUAGCAUUCCCAGCAGCUUUGACACUCUGGUUCCUUUGUCUUCAUUUCAUCACGAAAAUUGUCAAACUUAGAAAGCAUCCAAAUCUGCAUGUUCCUCCUGGAAGCCUAGGAUGGCCUGUUGUUGGAGAAACCUUCAGCUAUUUGCACGCAGCUAAGGGCAGAAACACGGUGCGGUUCGUGUGAGAGAGAAUGGGAAAGUAUGACUCAAGGGUGUUCAAGACUUCAUUUCUUGGAGAACCUAUGGCUGUGUUUUGCAGCCCGGCAGGGAACAAGUUCUUGUUUACCAAUGAGAACAAGGAUGUCCAGGGAUGGAUUCCAUCCUCGGUAGCAAAGCUGUUAAGGUCCUCUGUGGUUAACAAGGUUGGUGAAGAUGCAAAGAUGGCUAGAAAGUUGCUCUUGAGCUUUCUUAGUGCAGAAGCACUCAGGAAUUUUGUGCCAAAAAUGGAUACCAUUGCUCAGCUCCACAUAAACACUCAUUGGCAAGGAAAGGAGCAGGUGGUUGUGUUCACAGUGCAGCUAUACACAUAUGCAUUGGCUGCUUGCUUAUUUUUAAGUGAAGAAGAAUCUAUCCAUGUGUCAAAGUUUUCAUCAAAGCUUGAUGAAUUUGUGAAAGGCUUUGCUUGGUUCCCCGUCAACUUGCCCAGAACAAAAUUUCGUCGAUCCAUGAAAGCUGCAGAUGAAAUAAGGGAAGAAAUUAAAAUGCGUAUGAGGCAAAGCAGAGCUGAUUUGGAGGAAAAAAAGCCAUCACCUACCCAAGAUCUUCUGUCACAUUUGCUUGUCACACCUGAUGCCAGUGGAAGAUUCAUGACUGAAUCCGAGAUUAUUGACAACCUGCCACUGCUUUUCUCUGGCCACGACACUACUAGAUCGGUUAUAUCAUCUAUCAUGAAGUAUCUUGGCGACCUGUCUGAAGUAUAUGAACAAGUUUUGAAAGAACAACUCGAAAUUAGCAGAGGGAAAGGGACAGGGGAAUUGUUACAAUGGGAGGAUGCUCAGAAAAUGAAAUACUCAUGGAAUGUUGCAUCUGAGGUCAUGAGGCUAUCCCCUCCAGUGAAUACUAAUUUCAAAGAAGCAAUAAGGGAUUUUAACUAUGCUGGCUAUACCAUUCCUAAAGGGUGGAAGCUGCGUUGGGCCACGUGUUCAACACACAUGGAUCCAGAAUACUUCCCGAAUCCGGAAGCUUUUGAUGCAUCAAGGUUUGAAGGGGAAGGUCCUACAGCCUAUUCAUAUGUUCCAUUUGGGGGAGGGCCUAGAAUGUGUCUGGGAAUAGAGCUUGCAAGGUUGGAGAUACUUGUGUUCAUGCAUCACAUUGUGAAACGGUUCAAGUGGGAUUUGGUGAAUCCUGAUGAGAAGUUUAAGCAUGAUCCCUUGCUUGAGCCAGUAAAAGGACUUCCGGUUCGGCUACACCCUCGCCAUGUCUAGCCGAGCACCUUAUUGGUUGUCACCUGACUGUUUGGAUAUAUGUCUACUUGGCAUUUACUCUAUGCUUCAAUAAUGCUAUUGUUUAGAGUUUAGGGUUUAGGAAUUAGCUUCUACAAAUAUCAAUAACAAAAGAUAUUUGGGUGAAAAACAGAACUAUUAAUAGGA